UGGAAGUCAGCCUCUAUCACAGUCUGCUCUGAUUGCUUGGAGUUUGACAGAAAAGUAGGCUACACUAUUUGGAUUUACAUAGUUUUAUAAACUUUACUUAUAGGCUAUUUACAGUAUUUUUUUAAUCUAAUAACCGGAAGCAUACAGUUGUGUAUAUUUUUAGUGAUGCGAAGAGAGAGAGAGAAAGAGAGCGAUGGUUUAACGUCAUGAUUUAGCUUCCUCUCAGCCUCUCUACAUAUUGGGCUGCACAGGGUGAAUUAUGCCGUUUGCGUUUCUAAAGCACGUCCGACGCUUUCCGUGGGUCACCAAUGUUACACUGUACGGCUGCCUGUUCGCCGGGGGGGACCUGGUCCACCAGUGGUUCUCCUCCAGGGAGCAGAUGGACUGGAGACAGACGCGCAACGUCGCUGUGGUCGCGUUCAGUUUCCACGGUAACUUCAAUUUCUUCUGGAUGCGUCUUCUGGAGCGCAGGUUUCCGGGGAAUUCCGCCGGAAUGGUGAUGAAGAAGCUGUUCCUGGACCAGACCGCGGCGGCGCCCCUGGCCACCAGCGUCUUCUACACGGGUGUCAGUUUUUUGGAGGGCAAAGAAGACAUCCUGGAGGACUGGAGGGAAAAGUUCCUAAACACAUAUAAGACUGGGCUGAUGUUCUGGCCAUUCAUGCAGUUUCUGAACUUCGCCUUGGUGCCUCUGUACGUGCGAACCGCCUUCACCGGCUGCUGCGCCUUCAUUUGGGCCACCUUCCUCUGCUUCUCACGUCAGACCGGGGAUGGAACAGCUGGAGCCGCUCUGGCAUGGAUGUUCCCACCUAAAGAGGAUGCAGCAGAACCGUCCAAAAAGGAAGAAGACUCAAAGCUUAAGGUAGAGGAAGCAGCAGCAUCCAGGGCUGUAAAGUAGCAGAAAUGCCUGUUGCUCUAAAGGGAUGAAAACAGCGUGUCUGAAAAGGGAGCAGCAGGUCAAGCAGACAGGACCUGCUCUCUUACCUCUCAUGGCUUCGUUUUACAAAAACCUUGUGAGACCCGUCUGCUAAGGUCUCACUGAUGCUGCAAACACCCAGUGAAUGAGUUCAGGUUUUACAUUUAUGAAACAUAAAUGUAAACAAUACGAUCAAAUCCUACUUCCCAACAUAACGCUGAGCAAUCAGCAUGUUUUUCUUUUCUUUUAGCAUAAACUGUUGUUUCACUUCCAGCCAAACAGCCUUUUGCUCAUCUGAACAAGGUUACUAGUGCUGACGAUAUUUAAGAGCUCAUCAGCUUAAAUCGACUGACAUGAUACUAACUGCAAGGUGCAACAAGGUUUAAUUUCCACUAUGUGGAAUGGGAUUGAAUUGAUUUAAUCGGACAUUAAAAUAUCACACCCACCCCUCUAUACCUCUUCUUGUCUUAGCUUUAGCACGUCCUCCAAGCAGUCUCCUCAGUUUAACAAUAGUUUCCCUUCAUACGGCGUUAAUUUACUAGUGUCCUAUUGAGUCUUCUGUAUGGGGAGCCUUAUCUUCUAUAAUCCCAAGGUUUAAAUUCUGUAUUUUAAAAGAGGAACUACAUGCAGUUUAAUACAGUGAAUCACUGCAGAAAUGAAUGCUGAGAUCCAGCAGUAAAUCACUGCGAAAAAAUGCCAUAUCUUGAAUUUAUAAGAUGUGCCGAAAGGUUUAAGUGUCAAAGAGUAGCAGAAGAUCACUGGCUGCUUUCUCUUUAUUAUGUCAUGUUUUAUACAUGUUUGUACUGGUAGGUACUUUUCAGCAAAAUUUUCUUUUUGUUUUAUAGGAAAUACUAUAAUUUUAUAAGCCUAACCACCUCUAGACAACGACUGAAAUAGUACAGUUGAUAGUUUCCAUGUGGAAGGUAGUUUCUGGUUAAUUUCCAUUUGAUUUAAUAAGUUUAGUUGAAUUUCCAAAUCCCUCCCACCUGUUCUUCCAAUUCACAUGAAUUCCAUUUGAUAUUCUGCUAUUUUAUAUCUCCAUUCUGCAUGGGGUUGUUUUACCUAGCUUGUUUUUUUUAAGACACAAAUCUUCAGAUCCUGCUGUCAUUUUCUGCCCUGACAAUGUUUUAGUUCCUUUUUCUUCUUAAACUGUAGAAAAAUACCCACUUCUGUUUUAUUUUAAUAUUGUGGAGAAGAUAUUAGCAUGCGAUGUUAUGUGACUGUAACAUUUCAUGUGUCUCAUAAUUGAGUAAAUAUUGUAUAUCUUUGAAAUGCAAGGCAAACGCUACACCUGUUUGUGUUAUUUAUAUUUAAACUGCAUCCUUGAAAGUAAAAAUGUAUUAUUUGUAAAAUGAUAUUUUUCCGGAUGUUUUCUUGCUAAGGGAAUAUUUGUGUGGAGAUUUAAAACACUGGAACAUAAAUGUCAUAAAAGUGAAUUUUCCCUUUCCUAGCAGCUUAUUUAAGGUUUGGUUUGCACAAUUAAAGCUCUGACUUUUGUUUAUGUAGAUUUCCAUAAUAACAGAUUGGUGCUAUAUUUAAAAUGAUUUGAUCUUGUCUUGCAUUAGUUGCACUAAUUACAAAGGAUUAUAUUAU